AUGUUGCAGCUCUCCAAGGGCGUCCUGGCUCUGUCAGUGACAGCAUCGCUGGCUGCCAGAGCCUGUGGAGCUUCGGUAUUCGCGUUCGAUACCUAUUCCUCCUGGGAGAGCCUGGAUACCCCAGCCAUAUCGGAUGAGACGGCUAAGCGUCUUUUGGAGCUCCGCAUGGAAGCUCCGAUGUCGACUCUCGGAAACGUGGAUCCGGACACGGUUGAGCUUUUGAAUAAGUUUGGUGGAACACCAAAUCCUUUAUUUAGCGGACCUACUUACGGCAAGGAUGAAAUCACCAAGACCCUCUUCAUCGUACGGGGUGUAGACCCGCAAGUGGCUUCCUCUAUCCGAGACGAGUACCCGAACAAUCUAGUGGUCUCGCACCCCUCGACCAACUUUCUAGACACGGAUUUCGUUGGUCUCCUCGACCCCGAAGCUGGAACACUAGGUGGUGACAGGCACUGUGUGUCUUUUGCUGACAGCAAGGCUGGAUCCAAUGCUGCCAAGAUCACUGCAGACUGUCUUCGGAAGGACCCCUUCUUCAAAGCUCCAGGACAGGUGUUUGAUGAGCAGCUACUGAAUAAUGUUCAGGCUGUUGAAUCCUGGACCAGCGAGGACGCGCUGCUAUCGGUUCUGACUCUAGAGCUCUCCGACUCAAUGGAGCCUACAUUGGCGGGCUCUUUGCGCACUCUCUUCCGCGGCCUCCCAGGCCUUGCACUUGAUGGAAACGAGGUCACGACACUUCUUCUGCCCACCGGCGCCCAAGGACUGAGGCAGACAUUGAGUUCUCGAAGCGUUCCCAAGACCAACUCCGUCCACAAAAUCUCGGCGAGGGCGUCUGGUCAGCAGACUACCCUUAUAGCUCCUGUGUGUCAUGCCUCGAACUCUUCCUGCAGCGAGGCGACGAACAACUGCUCCGGCCAUGGAUUCUGUUACAAAAAGUCAAGCGCUGCGACUGAGGGAGGCGCAAGCGAUUGCUAUGUUUGCAAGUGCCAGGAAACCACCAUCACACGGGACGACGGGACGGUGCAGAAAGUGCGCUGGGGAGGUGCUGCAUGCCAGAAGAGAGAUAUCAGCUCGCCGUUCUUCCUUAUCGCGGGCAUUACUAUUCUCGUGGUUGUAGCAAUCAGUUCUGCUAUUGGCAUGCUCUUCAAUGUUGGGCAGGGAGAGCUUCCAGGGGUUAUCAGUGCUGGGGUCGGGGCCACCAGCUCACAAAAGUAG